AUGCUAAAGCAAACACUUUUUGCCAAAUUAGAGAGUGAGUUUGAUAUCUCAAUGACUAAUGGAGCUAUGAGGUUGGCUGUUGAUUAUUCACUGUCUAAGAGGUUCAUUAACUUCAAGUACCAUUGUCAUAAGCAUUAUCUGGCGUUAGGAGCCGAUGCUAGACAGACCCCUCCUGAAAAUGUGAAGAUGGAGGAGUGGAUAAAGCUGUGUGAGCAUUUUGAGUCUGAUAGGUUCAAGAGGCAAAGUGCUGCUAAUAAGCGCAAUAAAAGCAUGCAGACUUUUGCUCAUACUACAGGUGGAAAAUCAUGCAACCAACGAAUGUAUGAAAUGGAAACAACCGAUGAAGCAAGCAAUGAGGCUGAUGCGAAGAACAAUGAUAAUGAAUCUGAUGAAGCUGAGGUAGAGCCCAAGGAAAUCAGAGUUUAUGCCGAUACACAUAAGAGGAAAAAUGGGACUUGGGUCAAUGAGGAACCUCAAAAAACUAUGUAA